AUGGGAGCGAUUCCUCAACUCAGAACUAUCUACAUGGGAGAUUCAAUCUUCGACGUGGGCACAAACAAAUAUGUGAAGAAUUCAGUUUCGCGUUGUGAUUUUGUGCCAUAUGGGGAGACGAGGUUUAGCAAGCCAUCCGGGAGGUGUAGCGAUGGGUUUAUAAUUCCAGAUCUGAUAAACGAGGCGAUAGGUUUGCCCUUUUCAAGACCAUUCCUGGGCUUGAAAGCUGGGAGUCAACUUCCACCAAGCAUUAAUUUUGCGUCAGACGGCAGUGGCUUACUCGACUCUACUCACUCGGACUGGGGCGUUGUGUCGUUUAACGAGCAGCUAAAGCAGCUCGCGCAGCUCUCCAAGAAAAAUCUCAAUCUCAAUGAUUUUGUGGUUGUGAUAUCUUCUGCUGGGAAUGAUAUUGCGGCGAAUCUUCAAAACAUUGCUGAUGUUGACUUGAAAGCAAUGUUAAUGUCAUUAGAGAAAGGAUUGGAACAGCUAUACAAGUAUGGAUUUCGAAAGAUCGUCUACUCAAGUGUUGGGGCACUAGGAUGUUCACCUAUUGUGACCUCUGGAGGAAAAUGUGUGAGCGAGAUUAACAAUCUGGUGGAAGAAUUCAAUGUGCAAGCUCGGGAGAUUGUUUUAGGGGUGGCAAAGAGAUUUCCAGGGAUGAAAGGAACAUUUGUGGAUGGCUACUCUUUGAUCAAAUCAUACGUGGAGAACCCAAAGAGUCUCUGCGCAGACAGAGAACUGGCAACUCUGAAGUUCGAUCCAGCCUCCAAGACGAGCGACCUCCUGCCGUGA